AUGAAAAGGUUCCAUGGCGAGUGUGAUUUUAAAGCGAAGCCUAUCCUUGAGUGCAGUUGCACGACAAAUGAUCCAGCCUCCAAUUCAGUUAACUCUUCCUUCGUACGUUGUUUGCGUGACUUGACUCAUUUUGAGGUUCAUGGCAUUGGAGGACGAUACGCGUCUGCUCUUUAUUCAGCUGCUUACAAGGUCAACAAACUCGACGCUGUAAAUAAUGAUUUACAGUCAUUCAAAAAAGUGUAUUUGGAAAAUCCAGUUUUGAGAGAGUUUAUGCAAGAUCCAACGCGGAGACCAGCAAGUAAGAAGGAUGGAAUAGCUGCCGUUCUAGAGAAAGUCAAAGUUUCUAAAGAAGUUUCGAACCUUUUGAUUUUAAUGGCUGAAAAUGGACGGUUGAACAAAUUUGAAGACGUAGCUGACUCUUUCGAAACAAUUAUGAGAGCCCAUCGAGGAGAAAUUUUUGUUCAGAUAACUUCUGCAGAGCCGUUGUCGAAACAGCACGAAAAGUCCCUUCAGGAAGUUUUGCAAAAAUUUGUGAAACCUAAUCAGAAGCUACAUGUGAAACUAGUCGUAAAUCCGGCUAUAAUUGGAGGUAUUAUCGUAAAUAUUGGUGACAGGUAUAUUGACAUGAGCAUUGCCUCGCGUGUUAAAAAGAUGGAGCAGAUUCUCCAGUCUGCCAUCUAA